CUGUGGAUGACAGCAAAGGACAGCUCCAGAGACUGUUGUUCCAUGAGGCAGCUGGAUGCUCAACUUUGUCACUUUGUAAGCCUGGAGUGUUUUGGAAGGAAGAGUGUGAAAAGGAGGUGCCUGCUUGUUGUCAGUCCAGUAUUUCAGAGCCUCCACUCAGGGUUACUCAAAGAAAAUUAAAGUCUCAAGAGACCAAGAUAUGUAGCUUAUCCACACCUCCUUUCCCAGUAGGAAUUGGAUCCCAGAAAGCUUAGGUGAGAAAUCAGAUAAUCCUUCAUUUGUACUUAAUUAGAACAAACUCAAAGUGGAAAAGCUAAUAUAGUUAGCUAUAGACUAUCCACUGGACUUCAGGGGGGAUUGUUUCUAGCUGGUAAUAGAUGCCAAUUCUCCUCUAUAAACAGAGUUCAGUUUACUAUGACAUAACGUGGGAUCUAUUUUUGUCACCACUUCACACAAAUGUGUUACUCUCGUGAUUUCCAUUCAGGUCAUUCAAUGACAGAUGCUUUGGCUCAGAUCUGUUCAUAAAACUACUAGAUUCUUCCCCCUCCCUAUCAUUCUCCCCAGCCGAAUUCAGCUUUCGGACAGCUAUGACACGGAGCUUGUGUUUGCAUUCUAUUCUGGUAGGUGUGAGUUACUGUGAUACCAUUUAAACCAAAGGGCUCAGAAAUGCAUGUCAAAUUAAACCAGUGACUAAUCACGGUAUUUUGCCUCUCUUUCUCCCUGCAGGCACAAGAUUUAUAUGUUCAGAAAGCCCUUUUGCUCUAAUCCCUGGAUACUGAUUUGAUCUUCAGCCCAGAUGUCCUAUCACAGUGAGAGAAGAGCACCAAAAGCGGUCUGUUGUCCCAUCGUCAGUGCGAUCUAAACUUAUCUAAGUUUGAAAUACAAACAAGGCUCAGACAGAAAAAGCAACGGCAAAAGUUCUCCUCAUCGCUUUUCCCCCCCCCCUCCCCAUCUGUUCCUGCUCAAUGCCAUGCACUGGCAGCCACCGAAGAUCUAUUUAAUCAGCCUGCAGAGGAAGAAGGAGUGUUAGAGACGUCUGAGCCGACAAAAAAUUCCUCUUGUAAAAGCUGUCAUCUAGCUCCCACCUCUGUCACAUGAUGGCCAGCCAAGCAGUAGUUCUCCGCAGCUGUGGACCUUCCAUCCUCCUGCAUGAAAGGGAAGCGAGAAAAGUAAGCAUCCCGAGGCUGAUACUAGAUUCGGCUGUUUCCUCAUUGAACGAAUGCAUUUAAUUCACUGCAAGUGCACUAAGAUAGCCUGCUAGGCUGGGAAAGGGCCUGAUUUUUUUCUGCUGGGUUUUUCUUUAAGAGCUGGAGGCUCUGAUGGGCAUUCUUACAAAGGAACCUACAAGGUGAUUCGUGCAACUGUUUUAACCAGUAGUUGCAUUUUAAUUGUAAUAAAUUAGCUUAAAGCAUCGUAUUAUGCACCAUGAGUUAUUUCCUGGCCUACUGCAAAGCACACUGCAAUACUGUGCUCUCCCAGUACCAAAUGCUUAGAGCUGAAGGCUUGAUGUGUGAUAUUUUACUGAAGGUGAAGGAAAAUGAGUUUCCUGCACACAAGUCUCUGCUGGCCUGUUCCAGUGAUUAUUUCAGGGCUAUGUUCAAAAGCUAUACAAAAGAAUCCAAAGCCAGUGUCAUUCACCUGCAAGUCAUCUCACCCACUGGUCUCCAGCAUGUCCUGGAUUUCAUUUAUACCUCCUGGUUGCCCCUUUCUUUUGAGAAUCUGGAGGACACUCUGGAAGCUGCCAGUUACUUGCAAGUGACUGAGGCUAUUGACCUGUGCAAUCAGUACUUGGUUAACAACCUUACCCUGGAAAACUGCUGUUUUUCUGCCAACAUUGCCACAAAGUUCUAUCUUCCAGAUGCACUGUCAGUGACAGGAAAAUACAUCAUUAGUAAUCUCUGGAAACUUUUGGAUUUGCAUUUCAUGGAGCUGCUCUUAUUGAACUUCAGAUCGCUGAUGGCAGUGGUUGAAUCAUCUGAUGUCCCUAUGGUGAAGGAAUCCUGUUUGCUGGACCUCGUGCUCAUGUGGCUGAAGCAUGAUAAGUCCAGGUUGACUCUCACAAGCAACCUUUUAGAACAUAUAAGAUUUGGUCUCAUCCCCGUGGAAGAUCUGAGAAAGGUCUACACACAGGCCGAUGUUUCUCUCACGACACCUAUUAAAUGCUUGAUCAUAAAAGCAAUAAACUACCAUUCGCUAGUUUUUAAACAACCCAUUCUGCAGGAUAAGUAUAGCACCCUGAGAAACCAGAAAACACGCAUUAUCCUAGUAGGAGGAGGAACGGCAAGUGAGGGGCUGGUCAGUGAUGUGAUGGCCUUUGAUGUUUACAAUCACAAAUGGAGAACUCUAACGCAGGUGCAGGACAGAGUACAGAACCACUGCAUGUGUGUGAUUGGAAAUUACCUAUAUGUGCUGGGUGGGGAAAUCGAAGAUUUGCAAAGUGACAGGAAAAGCACCAGAUUCUCAGUUACAAACAAGGUCCAUCGUUAUGAUCCAAGAUUUAACAAAUGGACACAAACCACAGAAAUGCUUGAAAAGAGAUGCCAAUUUUCUUGCUGCAUCUUAGACAACAACAUUUUUGCAAUUGGUGGUAGAGGUGAGAAUGGGUCGCUGCAUUCAUCUGUUGAAGUCUAUAACAUUAGCAGAGAUAGAUGGACAAAGGCUACAGAAUUGCCGUGCAAGAUGCAUGGCCAGGCCAGCACGGUUUGCAAGAACACGAUCUACAUCUCAGGUGGCAAAUACACCGCUCAAACCAACACAAGUAAGGAUGUGUACUCUUUGAGCAGCAUAGAAGGGCAGUGGAUAAAGCAAGCCUCCAUGAGCAUUGCUCGAUUUGGGCACCACAUGGCAACGAUCAGAGAAGCCAUCUACACAUUUUUAGGACUUUAUGAGCCAUUCUCUGAGAUAGAAAGAUAUGACCCCAUCCCAAACCAGUGGACUCGUUUAAAGCCACUGGUCUAUGACCGGUUUUGCUAUGGUCUGGCUGUGGUGGAGGAAACAGCACUUCUCAUUGGGGGAAAAAAAUGGCAAGACUCACAGGAGGUCCCAACCCAAGAUGUGGUGGGUUAUGACAUUGACAACGACUGCUGGGAAGAGAUUUGCAAGCUUCCUUUACCUUGGUAUGGAUUGCAGUGUGCUGUGCUACAACUGUCAGAAUUGCCAGAAAUGAAGGACAUCCAAUAAUACUCCUGUCAAACUGCUGAGUCAACGCUUUCGUUAACUCACCCUUAGAGACAGUACAGCAGGGGCUGCCCCAGAGGAAAAAAGACAUCUGCAACUGCACUAACCACAACAGAGUUGAGGUUUUGCUUUAGAAAGCACCCCACACAGCGCUUAUGAAUAGGAUACCUGGCAUUUCCAUGAGAGGAAGAUGCUGUGACCUGUACAAGCGAAGACAGGUAUUUGCCAAUGACAGAUGGGGCAAGUAGCCCAUCCUGCAAGGACAAUGUAGAGGAGUGCCAAUGCUGUCCUUUGGAAACAUUUAUCAUCAAUCUAAAGUCAGAUUUUCCAAGGGUUAAAAAUGUAAUCCCUCUAUUUUUUUAAUUAAAGGUCAUUUUCCCAGAUGGUAGGUGGUAUUGAAUUUUCUACUAAAGCUAAGCAAAGCAAAAUGAAUGUGAAAUAUUUAAAGAUCAGAAAAUUAUUGCCUGCAACAGCUUUAAUAAGUAACACUUAGAGGAUAGUAUUAUUUGAGUAAAUAGCUAAGUGAGAGUGCUAAUCAGUAAGAAAUUACUGCAUUGAGAAGAGGGAUUGGAUAAAAUGUAGCCUUAAUUAUGGUUAUAUAUUAACCAAUUGAUUGCUUGAUAUAGGAAGCAAACCAGAGGGGAGCGACCUUUCUGUAAAAUAGCUUUUGUUAUGGCAUGCCCAUCAGAGUGGGGUUUUAAAGUGUGCACAGUAUUUUCAUAGUACAUAUUUGCAGUAUCAAAACUGAGGCAGCCAGUUCUGAAUGGGUAUACUUAUUUAAAGGUACAGCGGAACAUGCAACAAUUGUUGCUAUAUUCCGCUUCCUAAGUGAGUACAUCCUGUGUCCUGCUGGAUAAUGAUGAUCAUGUUGAAGAUGAAAUUCUUUUUAACUGUUGAACCAAUACAUGAGAGGGAAAGGAAGUAAUAAAAGCUUGAUUUCUGUUAAGGACUAAUAAGGAAAGAAAGUUAACUUGACUCUUUUUGAAAUUCUGUAUUAAGUGGCUGUACCAGAGAAAGCAAUUGCCUCACUUUAUGCUGGCAAUGCUGACAGAGUAAUAGGGAAUGGAUUGGGAGGACAUUUUAAAGCACUUGGGCAUGUAAAAUGAAGUUAUGUGACUAGAUUCCAGAGCGUGAUUAAAAAUUUAAUUUACUCAAAACAAAUUUCAUAAAGAUUCAUUUAAAAGCUACAUUUAUUUUACUUAUUUUGCACUGUUCCCUUUCUAGCCUGAAAGUUAAUAUAGUAAAAAUAUAUCUGUCAAAGAGCAUUUAGUGUUGCCUUGAGAGAAGGUAGCACAACAAAUAGGACA